AUGUCUGGGCCUGAUCAAUAUCUUCGGUGGGAUGGGAUCGAUAUCAACCAGCGUUGGAGGUUUCGCCGAAUCCUGGCUAUGUCCGAGGAUGAUAUGCCAUAUGCCAUGAGUAUCACCCCAGGAGGGGAUUUGAUCACCAUGGGCCGCUACAGCUUCAACAAGCGAUUGUUCUUGCUGAUGUGCACUCAUCCAAAGAUCGAUCCAAUGUCUGGUGAGCUCUUCGCGGUUAGCUUCAAUCCAGUGAUCAAUCCCCACCUCCGCUACUUCUGGGAGGAAGAGCCCCGAUUUCGACGUGUGGCUGCCGGAUCCGUGCUUGUUUCACGACUUCACGAUAACAGAGAACUACGCAAUCCUUCCAGAGAAUCAGCUCAUCCAGGAUGUCUAAACCAAAAACUUCAGCUAUUUUAUACCCAACACUGUUCAAAGGGAAGCACAGGCAAAUCAAACAACGAACAUAGCCCAGCUACACAUACGUACAUUCUGGGCCCAACUCAUCGGGUGGAUCGCACAGAGGUUGGUGUGCUCGAGCAGCUCCGUGUCCUUCCAGCGAACACACCCAAAUCAGACAACGAACACAUCCCAGCUCGUCUGGGCCCGGGACCUGAGGAACAUCAGCUUCAGCGACGACUUCAGGCCGGCAGGUUGCAGUCAAGGCGGUCAGAGUGCGGUCAAGGUGGCUCGUCCAUUAGGCCGGUGGAACAUCUGUUUGACGAUAUCACCGGAUUGUCCAGCAGAUUGCACGAGAUCCACCUGGACCUUCGAUCUGGACGGUCGUGGAAGAAACACGUGUGCUCGGCUGGACUGGAUUUUGGACAGAUGAAUCAGAAAUUCCUGGGGCGGAAGAAUCGGUACGUAUACAUGUGCUACUAUGGCCAUGGCUCAAAAUCUCAGGCCUGGCCAAGGUCGAUCUGGACGCUCCACCGCUGCCCAGGCGGUAAUCGAUGGAACAAGUGA